AUGGUGUCAACAAGUUUCAGGCAUUUUGUGCUUGCAAUCAUGGUCCUUCUGCUAGCCACGAAGGCUUGUGAUGCAAAUAGUGAUGAAGGUUUCAAGAAAGUUGAAGCUGAAGCUGGAAAUGGAAUUAUGCCGCCAGGAGGAAAAGAAAUGCACAAUGCAAAGGAAAUUUACAACGCUGGUCCCAGAGUUGCUGCAGAUACUAGUGGUAAAUUUGGAGGAAGAAAAAUGAUGCUUGAGAUAAAGGGAUUGAGUAAUGAAGUGAAGAAAGAGGAAACCAAGAAGACCAGUGAAGAAGCUUCAAAGAUUUCAGGAAGAAAUGACAGGAGCAAAAACUUAAAGAAGUCGGCUGAGCGUUCUUUAACACAAUCUUAUAACCAGUAUGACAGAAGACAUUUGAAGGCCAAUUCCAAGAAUGAAGCAAGCUCAGAGACUGCAGUGACAAGGCCAAGUGAUCUCCCUAAACCUGACCAACUCUGCUCCCAAGAAUGUGCAACUGACUCAAAUAGUUGCAGCUCAAAAUGCUCAUCAGUAUCUAAAAGUUCAGUUUCAAAGAAAUCAGAUCAAGAUCAAGAUUCAUUUCAGAAUCUUGACUCUGAAAAACUGCUGAAGGCUGCAAGUCAGAUUGUAAAUUUGAUGAAUAAAGACUACCGAGGAGAUGGAGGUCCUCGUCACAGAUCCCCCAUUAAUAAUCGUGAGCCUUUGCAUUGA